UCAGUGGCUUUGCUGGUUUCCAAGAAAUCUUCAGCUGCCAUGGGUGGGCGAGACAUCCCACUCCUAUCUGCAAAAGGAAAGGUUGGGAAGGCGUGCGCCCUUUGCCUGGGAAUCGCCACUGUCCUUUUCCUGUUUUGCUUCGUUGUUUUCCUGAUUUUGUACACGCAGGAACGCCACGAAAAGACAAUUGCCCACCAAGCUCUGGAAAGCAAAUCCCGGGAAAAGGAUGCCGUGUGGAUACAACUGCUGUCUAGCAAUCAGACCCUGAUUGCAACGGAACGUCUUCUGGAGAUGAAGAAAAGGGAAAACAAAGACCUCAAGUCUACCUUGGCCACCACUAACCAGACUUUAGGAGAAAAGAUACGGCUUUUGGAGGAGACAGAACAGGAAAGGUCCCGGUUACAGGAGCAACUGGGAAUUGUGAAGCACAACCUCACAACGACGGAAGGGCACUGGAACUCCUGCCAGGCUGAGCUGCACAUCAUUCAAGAAAAUAUUACAUCUUUUGUGGCAACAAUCACCCAACAAGCUGCAGAAGGACAGAAACUCAAAGAUAUAACUGAACAGCUUCUGGAGCAGCUCAGCAGCAAAACAACGCAGUUGGCAGAUGCAAAGCGUGAAUUCCAAGAGGAACGAAACAAUUUUGACAGAUAUCGGCAAAAGGUUGCAAAGCAGGCACAAGAAAAUGAUAUUCCAUGCAACAAAGGCAUCCUUAGUGAUUUCAACCUGGUUUUUCUGCCCUUCAUCCUUGGUGAACUUCUCCUCUUCUUAUAAUCUGAUUGAUAGGAGAUGGACAUUUCAGCCUCUUUUCUCUGCACUUCUGUGAUGGACAGUUGGUUUGGGAGGUUACUCCUCCACUCUUCAAAGCCUUUCUAACUGUUGGAGGUGUGACUGUGGGUUCAAACGGCUCAUCGCCAUUUUAACACUAAAACACCGUUGUAUUCACUUAAGGGCCAGCAUUUGCCUGUCUCUUGCGCACUCCUGGAAAAUAAAAACUGGUAUCUCAUUUCUCCUGCUGGGUUUCUCCUGUUUUGGUUUUGAUAUAUACUGGAGUCUCUUAUGGGGUGCAAAAAGUUGGAAAAGUUUUCCAUGAAGUA